UUAUGUCUUCACUAUUGUUGUGUUUGGUUGGGGUGAAUGAUUCCGGAAGGAAUGGAAUGAAAAAUGAACUAUCUUAUGGAUGGUUUUUAAGAAAUUUAAUUCCUUCCUCCAUUCCAUUCCCUACAUCAUAUGCUAGAUAUCACCCCUUCCAUUUGAGAUGGAAUGCUCAUUCUCUCCCAUUCUCAAUUUCUUCUCAAAUCUCAUCAUAGCAAUUUUGCACUCUUUCAAAUUUUUUCAAAACUUUCUUCCUAUCUUUAUUAGUUUCAAGUAUUUUUUACUCAUUCCAUUCCGUUCCAUUCUCCCCAACCAAACACAACAUAUGUGUUCUCCAGAGCUAUGUUGCAAAAGCAUUUUUUAGCAUUACUUUAGAUGUGGGUCUCUCUCUGAUAAAAUAUGCCAGUGAGACCAAAUUAUUAUACUUAAUAAGAUUGGUGAAGUAAUUUAUUCUUGUUCACCUGGUGAACAUGGUUGGUUCUUGAAUGAGUUUUUUUUUUUUUUUUUAAAUUUGUGUCAUCUAUGUUAGCAUUGGAAUUUAUUCAUGCUUAUUUGCUUUUUUUUUUUUUUCUGUUACCGUGUUUUUCGUAAAGACUUGUAAUGUUUGUGCUUUAGUUUGGUUUUAUCAGAUUGGCUGCCUUGUGCUUUGUAAUUUGAGCACAUCUGGUGAACAAUCAUGUUUUUACAACUAAUCGUUAGCCACUUGUGCCUGAAUAUUAGAACUGUUUAAAAUGAUAUGGUGAAUGGACAAUGGCCAGCGCCUGUAGAAAUUUGGUUAUUUAAACAGGGUUGUUGACAAAUUUUCUGCAGUGGUAGAUGUAGAGCAUUUGGUUAUCGAAUAUGGGUUAUUCUGUUUUGGGUAGCCAAAUGUCGGGUAUGGGCUUGAUGACUUGUGCUGUGUAAUCCUUCAAUGCCAUGAUAAAAUAAUGUUUAACUUUUACCUUUCAGAAUAUACAGAUUGUUAGUGGGAGCAAAUGCUUUAUGAUGUUCGACUAGGAUUUGUUAUGUAAAUUCACCCAGGAAUAAUAGUUUUGCACAACUUAGGGGGAUAUUUUUGUAAUUGCACCCUUUUGGUACAAAAAGGGAAGAAAAAGAAGAAGAAUAAUGGUAGCUAAGCAUGCCAAGAUGGUGAAAAUCGAUUACCCUAGUACUUAACAAUAUCAGUGAAAACCGAGGAUCUUGUACCUAAUGAUUGUUCAAACUGUUUGGAAGCGAUCCUUGUCACCUAUUAGCUUCUUUACUAAAAUCUGCCUACAUCUCCACUUUUAAGUGAGUAUGGCCCUUUCCAGCCAUUGAAUGCCUGCUAAAGCGGAAGGUUUCAUUGAGGGUCUUCCUGCUGUUCAAUGGCUCCUUGUAAAGCGUAAGGUUUCGUUGAGCGAUCUAUCGGCCAUGGAGGGAAUCAUUUUUCCUCAGGUUCUCAGAUCUAUCGGCCAUGGGAGGGAAUCGUUAUUUCUCAGCUGCUCAGUGGUGAGUGUUCCACAUAGUAGCUUAUCAAUGGUGGUUACAGUCAAAUGUGGUCAUUGCACAAGCCUCCUUUCAGUCAAUAUGCUCAGAGCCUCCUUUGCUCCUCUUCAUCUCUCCCCUUCUCUUUCCCAUUCUGAUCAUCAUCCUGAGCAAGAGAUGGAGAAAGAAAUUUUUCCAGAAAUAACCAAGGAUUCUCAGAAAGAAAUGAACAAUUCAUCCCCUGUCAUCUCAUCGGAUGAAGAAGGAGACUAUGUUUUUUCAUCCAAUCUGGUCAUAAAUAGACCUCCAGAGAAAAGACCACGAGCUCCAUCUGCCUAUAAUCGCUUCAUUAAAGACGAAAUCCGAAGGUUAAAGGCUAAGAAUCCCAACAUGGCACACAAGCAAGCCUUCAGCACAGCAGCCAAAAAUUGGGCUCACUUUCCCCCAAGCCUGAACAAAUUAGGAGACGAGGAUGCUGCAGCCGGAAACAAAACACAUUUUCAUGCUAGGUCUAUGUAGAAGGCAAUGGUGUUAGCAUGAAGGAAAGGCCAGUAAAUAGUUGUGUUAAUUAAUUCAGUACCAAAAACAGGAUUAUCUUCCUCUACAAUUAAUUCCCUUAUAAAGCACAGUUAGUGGUUGCAAUCAUUUGCUUUUUCAAGGCAGAUGCUUUCAGCCUCUCACUGCUUAUUGAUUGUAGAAGUUUUACUUGAUGCUUAGGGCUCCCUUGUGAUUCAUUCUUGAUGUAUCAUCUGCUAAAUUGUGUGUUUGUGGACUGGAAAUGUAGACUGGGAAUCUUCUAGAUGUUUGUUAUGUA